GUGCUCAUGAAACCCUCAGUGUUGUGAACAGUUGAGGUGCAUAGUAUAGUGAAGAAAAUGAAGCUGCUUAUCAUCAUACAUGUAUUUAUCUUUUCUCUGAGUGUGGAAACUGUGCUGGGACUGACAUUGGAGCAACCUGAACUCUCCUGGACCAAGCCAGAAGGCAAAACUCUUUACAUCGACUGCAAGGUCACUGAUCUGGGAAGUGGCAAUAAUGUUCACUGGUACCAGCAGAAAGACGGUGAAGCUCUCAGAAGGAUCCUGUAUAUCAAUAAUGGUGGCACUACCAAGACGCUCGAUCCUAACCAUCCAGAAAAAGACGAUUUCACCAUGUCAGAAGGCACCUAUAAACUAAAGGUGAAAGCAGUGAAGAAGAUCCACGCAGCAGUGUAUUACUGCGCCUGCUGGGACGGCCACAGUGACAACAAUUACUCACAUCCUGUACAAGAACUCUGUCUGUUUGUUAUCUUAUCUAAAGAGCAUUCUCUGGGGGAGAGGUCAGGAGGCCUGGGGCCAAACAAAGUUCUAGGAGUGGGAACAGGGGAGUGCGGCGUUUCAGCCAUGGGCAUCACGAAGAGUGGCGUCUCAGCCGCGGACAUCAAAAACAUGAGCACAGGUACUGUGGGAGAAGUGAAAGUCUUUGGAUCAGGUACAAGACUUUAUGUGACAGACAAGAAAAUCAAACCCCCUGAACUGGCUGCGUUCCCAAUAUCCCCCAGUGAAGGGAAUGGGAAGCGAGCGCUGCUGUGUCAGGCCAGAGGCAUGUAUCCAGACCUGGUGAAGUUCAUGUGGAAGGAUCAAGCUGGGAAUGAGGUGAAGCUGUCAGACACAGAGGAGCUGCUGGAGCAGAGAGACGAGGGUCAGGAGGUCAGAGUGACCAGCAUGCUCAUCAUAGACCAACAGAAAGCACGAUCUAACACCUUCACCUGCUCCGUCCAACAUGAGGAUAAAGUCGACAACAUCAAAAUCCCAGCAGAUAAAGCUGUGGAUGCCUCUGACCAUGGUUCUGUUCCAUCCUGCCCACCCCCAAAACAAGAAGAAGAAGAGAAAUAUGGUUCGUUUGAGCUCAUCCGUCAGCUGAACCUGUUCAAUCUGACCUAUGUAUCUCUGCUUGUGAAGAACGUGUUGUAUUUUGGUGGUUUGUGUUUCUUACUGUACAAGAGGAGAGACAGAACCAUUACAGGCAGUCCAACACCAAACCAGGGAAAAUGAAGGGGUGCUAUUUUAAACAUGUAUUUCUUUGUUUUCUUCCUUUUUGGUUUGUUAAGAUUUUGUUUCAGCAGUAAAGCAGCUGAUUCUUUAAAUGUGUAAUGGUGUGUUACACAAUGUUAAAAUAUACCUGUAAAAAAAAAAAAAAAAACUUUUUUUUACCUUAUAAGUCAUUUGAACAUUUGAACAUUUGAAAAUAAACAUAAAAAAUUAACCAGUCAAAUUAUUCUGAUUCUUG